AUGCAUAAACUCUUUUUUCUUAACCGAACUCUGUAGUUACUGAUUUCUCUAAAAAUUUCAAUAGUACAAGCACCUAGUGCAGCAAAAUCUGUAGUAAGCUAAGCAACCAAAAGUUUAAAAAGUGAGACUCUUCCAUUAGAGGAUAUGAAAAUAGUUACAAAGCCUAUUAACAUGAAAAAAUGCACUCUAAAAAAAUUUGGAUUAAACUUAAGACCAACAUGUAUGUACUAAACUCAUGAAAAAGAAGAAAUAACUAGAAUUUGCAUAGAUUAAAAUUGCUGUGUCGAAGAUAAAUUUGGAUGUGAAAAAUGCUGUAAUGAUGUGCACGAGAACCAUAAUAUUAUUUCUUUAGAAGAAUUUAGUAGGAAUAUGGAAAAUAAAUACAAAGAAUAUGUUGAGAAAGCUAAGGAUUACUAAAAUUAAUGUUUAUUUAUUGAGCAACCCCCUUUUAUUAUAAAAAUUUACAAAGAAUUAAAUAAACUCAAAGAGCAUAUCUACUAGCAGAUAGAAGAAACUAAAAAAUAAAUAAUAAAUGAAUAUAGAGAAGUGGUUAAAAUGGAUGCUGCUCAAUUAAAAGAAGAAGUAAGAAAAUAGAAUUAUAUGAUAGAUUUAAUUAGUGAUAUUUUGAAUAAAAAUGUAUUUGAUUUAACUAAUUCAGAAAUUGAAACUAGUGCUUCGAUAUAUUCUCAGGCUAAAAUAAGCUCAAUAGAUUUAUAAAUAAAAUAAAUUUAAUAUAAAUAUUCUAAAUUAGAAAAAUAGUUCAACUUUUCAUACAAUUCAUUCAAAUAAAAUAUUAUGUUUGAUAUUAAAUAAUCUUUUAAAGAAUUUGCAUUACCAGUUUUAAAAGAAAAGGACAUCAUCUAAGAAGUUAAUAAUAAAGCAGAACGAAUUAAAAUGAUUAUUUCUGAAUAUGACAAAGAUAUAAAGGAUAAAAUGAAAAUGUGUAAAAUUUUAAGAGAAUAUAUCAAACAGCCUGAGUUAUUAAAAGUUAAUACCAAUAAAGAAUUCGAAAAUUUUCCAUACUUUACUUACUUCGAAGUAAGUUGCAAUCAUAAUUCUAACCCUAAAGCAAAUACAGUUCCUAUCUUUUAAUGUUGUAAUUAAGCUUAUAAAUGUAUCAAAUGCCAUAACAGUUUCAGUAAUCAUCAGGCAACAAUUUCAAAAUAAAAAUCUAAAAGGUACUGCAUUAAAUGCUUUGAGAUUUUUGAUGUAAAUUAUAAAGAAGACAGUCCAGUAAUAUGCUAGGAGUGUGUUGAAAUUCCUGUAUGA